UCAUCUACUCCUAUUUGGGGUGGGGAGAGGGGAAGUUUACUCUAAUGACUGCAUCCAAAGCUGGGGGGAAAGAGGGGCAAAAAGUGGAAGACAGUAUAUAGAAUUAUGAAAAGUCAGGGGGACAAAAAGUUUUGGGGGGAGCAACUGCCUCUCUCACCCCAUAGCAAAAUGAUACCACUGCUUUUCACCACAAUAUAAGUGGAGCCUCUGACUUUCUAGUAGUUCAGACAGGGCUUUGAAUAUUCAAGUGUAGUAGCUUUCCAGAUAUAGUUGGGCUGCCAGCCUGCAUUUGGCCCACCUGAGCUAGUCGAAAAACAUUUCUUUUACCAGAAGAUUUUUUAAAAAUAGUUUGUAUCAGUUAAAUAGGAGUGGGUGAUUUUCCCUGAUCUAUGGACUAGGACACCCCUGAAAAUACCCCAGAUGUCCCUGACGAUGUGACAGAACCACCAGGAAUUAGGGACCAGGACCUGGAGACUAAUUCACAGGCAGAACUGGAUUCUCUGCAACCAGAACAUGUUACCAAUGAUGGUGAGAUCAACAGCUGGGUGGAGAUGGAGCAGCCAAACUUCACGCUGGACCGAGUGGCUGAGACUGAGCUGGAGAAGAUGCGGCUGGAUAUGGAGCUGACUAUGCUGAAGUGUCAAUAUGAGGAGAAGGAAAAGCAGCGGCAGCACAAAGAGAAGAUGGAGCAGAUGCGCCUGCAGGCACCAUCUGGACAUGUAAGUUCAGGUGAAAGCGUAAACAGGGGGAGGCAUGACCCAGAUGUGUGCUCUCCACGUGGUCCCAGUUUAAAAUAUUUCCAAAUCUCCACAAAGAUUCAUUUCUUUGAGAAGACUUCCAUUCAGAAAAAUGGAGCAAGUGUUGCUAUUACAGCCCUGAUGGACAACCAUUCAGUAGGUAAACUGCUCCUCUUCCUUUCAGUAGCACACAUUGAGCAAGUACUGGUGAAUGGAAAGAACAUGGCCCUGCAAUAUCACACAUUUUUGCCCCUUUGUCCACAGCCUGCUGAAGGAUGCCUGGACCUCCUCAUGCCCCAGAACCAAUUUGCUUUGUUCCUGUAUUGCUUCAUCUUCAUACACGUUAUCUACACAGCAAGGGACCUGUUGCUCUUCUUUGUUAAGAAGCAUCACCUAUUCAUCAUUGUGGUUACCUUGUUAUAUUUAAUUAAAAAGCUCUGGGAUUAUUUGUGUUGCUCUCAGUUCUUCCUCUGA